UACUGUAUACCAGGGGCGGACUGACCAUUUGGAAACUCAGGCACUGCCCGAGGGCUCGGGGUCAGUAGGGGGCCCCAUGAGAUGCCCCUGGUACCUUUUUUCAUAGGCUUUUUUGAGUUUGGGCAAGGACACAGGGGCCCCAUGAUCCCCUAUUGCCCGGGGGCCCCAUGAGUUGUCAGUCCGCCCCUGCUAGAAUGUGUGGAUGCCCAUGUUAUUUUCCUCUUUGCCUUAGCAGCUGUCAGUUUGUAGUUUUCAAUGAACUACCACUGUGUUGUGGAGUG